AUGGCGAAAUCCGGCAAAUCCGGCGAGCCUCUGAACCUAAAACUGAAUCCUCCGCCGUUGGGCACUGAAGUCCUUCAAAUACUCUUCCCCUUCCCUCCUUCAAACUCAUUCUCUGGUGUUGCAGUCUUUCUCUAUAUACCUUACAGAGGAUUUCUGCGACCUUCAGAAUCCUAUUUAAAUAAAACUUCCUCUCUUUUUCUCUUCGAUUCUCCUCAUCUCUUUGCCGCUUCAGCAUUAAUGGCCCGCCAACUGCUUCUCCUCGCUCUUCUCUUCGCCGCCGUCCUCGGCAUUGCCUCUGCUGCCAAGGCCCCAGCCCCUGACGCCGACUCUGCCGCAGCCAAGACCCCGGCUGCUGCUCCAUCCAACUCUUCCUCCGCUGCCGAUGCACCCAAAGGGGCUGCUUCUGCCCCCAAGGCCGAAGCCGAUGCUCCCGAGGCCGAUGCCGGAGCUCCAAAGGCCGAUGCCGGAGCCCCAAAGGCAGAAGCCGGUGCUCCCGAGGCCGAUGCCGGAGCCCCAAAGGCAGAAGCCGGUGCUCCCGAGGCCGAUGCCGGAGCCCCAAAGGCAGAAGCCGGUGCUCCCGAGGCCGAUGCCGAAGCCCCGAAGGCAGAAGCCGGAGCCCCCGAGGCCGAUGCCGGAGCCCCUAGUGCUGAUGCCCCUGCCGGUAGCCCUGCAUCCGGGCCGGCCAGCGAUGAGUCUCCCUCCGCAGCCCCUGAAUCCGAUGCAGAGGCGUCAUCUCCACCUUCCCCAAGCGGACCUGCGGAAGGACCAGCCAGCGAGGAGGAAGCUGCAGAUGCACCGGCCCCUGAUGCUUCUGGCAGUGGAUCUUCGUUCCUGAAGAUGUCUGCUACCACGGUUGCGACCAUUGCUGGAGUCAUUGUGUUCUAA